AUGUCUUUUGAUGAAUUAUACGAGAGCUGCUUUCGAGAUGCUCCCUUAGUCAAAAUUCUUGGCCCUAAUAAGACAAAGGAAGAUCCGGUUUCCACGAAUUUGGAUCAUCUCUUUAAUGCGAGUCAAUAUGUCGCGUUUUUCCUAACAGAAUCGUGCUCAAGCACAGCGGUUGCACCAAGGACGCUGGAGCUGGCCGAGAAACUGGAACAGCUGGCACGAAACAAGAAUGCAGCUGGCGAGUCGAAGGAAAAGGCGUCACGAUCGCCAGCGCGCAUCCGUCGAUUUUUCGGGAUGAAAAAGAAGAAGAAAACGAAGAGCCCUUCCGAGGCUCAAAUAAUGCUAUCAGUGGUUGUGGUCGAAACUGAUAAUAACAAAUCUGACGAGAAUGGCGUACUAGCUGGACUGCCCGGAUGGUAUUCUUUACAGACUCAAGAUGAGAUGACGAAGCCCCGCCUACUUCGAGCACUGGGUUUCGAAGUGGCCCCUUCGGUGAUGAUCGUGGAUACCGGUUCAAGAUCUGUUGUGACCACCGAGGCUAGAAGACUUCUACACGAAGACCCAACUGGAGAGCAAUUCCCUUGGUGGCCACCAAAUCCGCAUGACAUCCUUGACAAAAUGGAUGUAUUGCGAAGGGAUGGGGAGAAAACAACAACAGUUCCCUAUAAAGGUCUGCCAAAAGUUCGCGCCUUGUUUUUUGGUGCAUACUGGUGCCCACCCUGUCGCCAAUGGGUCAAGCAUCUCCAACCGGCAUAUGAGGCCUUGAAAGCCCAUAAAAUUGACAUUGAAAUAAUUUUUUGCUCUUCGGACCGCAGCCAGGAAUCGCUUUUCAACGUUGCUGGAAUUCCUACAUUAAUUCUCAUCGAUGAAGAAAACCGUAUUAUUACCCGGCAUGGACGAGAAACAAUCCUGGGCGAUCCAAAGGGAGAGCACUUCCCCUGGGGAACUCGACCACUCUAUGAAUUGACUGAAUUGAAUCUCUCUCGAUUGAAAGAUGAACCGACUCUUAUUCUUUUUACAGAAGGCUCCCCCGAAGACGUACAAUUUUCAUUUUCCGUCCUCUACAAAGUUUCGCGCAAGCUUCACAUGGAACGCAUCGAAUUGGAAAAGCGGAGAGAAGUGGAGAAAAAGGAAAAAGGUGACGAAAAUGGGAAUGGAAGUUCACGCUCCUCUACCCCUCAAUUAAGACAUUCGACAAGCCAGGAGGAAUGCAGCUCUGUUGAUUCUGACGUCGUGCCACCUCCACAUGCCGACCCAUUGCAAAUUUUCUACACAGGAGAAGACCCGAUUUGUGAUUUCGUACUAGAGCAAAGCCUGGGUUUGGCGGAUGCUGAAUUGCCGCUAAUUUGCAUAAUCGAUUCAAUCGCUGGCCGCUAUUCGGUUUGUCCUGAUCCAGACGUAUCUGAGGAGGUGCUAUCAAAGUUCGUGGAUGACUAUCGAGCCCAUAAAUUGAAUUGGACAAAAGUGGCAGCGGGAAAGAUCUGCCGGACUGUCGGUGGGAUCCCAGUCCAAGAAAUUGAAAAGGCGCUCAUGGGAAAUUCGCCUAGCCAGAACUCAAUCAGCAACACCCAAGAAAAUGUGCAGCCGCCCAGA